UGGGGGGGCGGGGUGUUAGCCUAGACCACUAUGAUCCAAUGAUACUUUUCUGAGAACAUUUACCUCUCCUGUCUUGACCACUGUGAUCAACAAGCAAAUAAACAGUGCCCCCUUGGAUGUGAGGUCUUGCCCAUUGGACAGCUAAUGACAUCUGCUGAAGCGCUGCCCCCCCGUGGUGCCCCUUAGCCCACACUGGAGCUGGAGCUAACUCUGCCCAUGGGUACAAGGUGGGCAGAGCCACUGUUGCCACAUCCUGCAGUGGUGGGCCCCUGUGUUCAGGACCCCGAGAGAAACAUCAGACUACACUAAGGAGACAGACAGCUUAUUUUUUUUUAAUGAGUUCUAAUGUUCGGUUAGUUUUCUCUUUAUGACUUCCAAUUUCCCUAUAGAACAGAGUAAAGUUGGGACACUUGGCUGACCAAAUACAGACUGACAGAUCCACAUAGGCAUGUAGACAAACAUAGCUGUGGACGGCAGGCCUGACCCUGAGAUACGAGCUAGAACAUGGCUGCAGCUGAGGACAACGGAGCCAAAUGGCAGAGAUGCAAGAGGCUGUCAGGCCACGCCACUGCACACCAGACGCCAGGACCCUGCUGACAUGACAACCCUGCACCCUGGCCCCUUACCGCCCCCCGCCCCUCGCCGACACCGCCAGCCAGCUGCCAGCCAGGCUCUGCCCUGUGUCUGCCACACCUGUCACUGCCUGUCCUUGUCCCCCGAGGGGGGGUCAUCAGCCCCUCCUCAGUCACCCAGCAGAGCAAGCAGUUAACGGGGAGGGGAGGGAAUCAUGGAGCGGGGGCCAGUGGUGGGGGCAGGGCCGAGCUCUGCAGGGACCCGAGCCCGGGCAGUGCUGGGCUGCCUGGUCAGGGUGCUCCUCUGGGUGGCUUCGGCCUUGCUGUAUUUCGGCAGUGAGCAGGCUGCCCGCCUCCUGGGCAGCCCCUGCUUACGGCGCCUCUACCAUGCCUGGUUGGCAGCUGUGGUCAUCUUCGGGCCCCUUCUGCAGUUCCAUGUCAACCCUCGGACCAUAUUCGCCAGCCAUGGUAACUUCUUCAACAUAAAAUUUGUGAAUUCUGCUUGGGGCUGGACCUGCACCUUUCUGGGAGGCUUCGUGCUGCUGGUGGUGUUCCUGGCUACCCGGCGCGUGGCGGUGACCGCCAGGCACCUGAGCCGGCUGGUGGUGGGCGCGGCCGUGUGGCGUGGGGCCGGCCGGGCCUUCCUGCUCAUCGAGGACCUGACAGGCUCCUGCUUUGAGCCUGUGCCCCAGGGCCUGCUACUGCACGAGCUGCCGGAUCGCCGCAGCUGCCUGGCGGCAGGCCACCAGUGGCGGGGCUACACCGUAUCCUCCCACACCUUCCUGCUCACCUUCUGUUGCCUGCUCAUGGCCGAGGAAGCCGCUGUGUUCGCCAAGUACCUGGCGCAUGGACUGCCAGCGGGAGCGCCCCUGCGCCUAGUCUUCCUGCUCAACGUGCUGCUGCUGGGCCUCUGGAACUUCUUGCUGCUCUGCACUGUCAUCUAUUUCCACCAGUACACACACAAGGUGGUGGGCGCCGCUGUGGGCACAUUUGCCUGGUACCUCACCUAUGGCAGCUGGUACCAUCAGCCCUGGUCACCAGGGAGCCCGGGCCACGGGCUCUUCCCCCGCCCCCGUUCCAGCCGCAAGCAUAACUGAAGGAAAUAAACGGCACUCCAGCA